CUGGAGCGGGGUGGUGUUCAUCCGGCUCUUAACCAUACUGCCAUGAGAACACUGUCUCAUCUCCUCAGACAUUAUCGCUUCUCUGAAUGACUGAGAGAUGUCCGUGGAGGUAGAAGAGGGACGAAAGUCAGACUCAAAACGAAGAUGUGCGAGACUGUUUUGGCGUUUGUUUCCUCAUGUUUUCCUUAUUUUUUCACUCAUUUUAUAUGCGGUUUUAGGCGCGCAGAUCUUUCAACACAUUGAGAAGAAACCAUUCAAUGAGCCGGAGAACAUCAGUGCGGUGGUGCGAAAAGUGGUGGAGACAGUGCAGAAUCACACAGAUGCCUCAACACAGGAAGUGUUAUUCAGUAAAAUAGGAAUUAUUUUGACCAAAUUCCGCAAUGAAACGGAGUAUCAGAACUGGAGCUUCUACGGUUCACUUUUCUUCUGCUGUACAUUGUUCACUACUGUAGGUUAUGGACGUAUGUAUCCAGUGACUUAUGAAGGCAAGGUGGCUUGUAUCCUGUAUGCGAUGGUGGGCAUCCCUCUCAUGCUGCUAGUCAUCUCAGAUGUGGGAGAUAUCUUAGCUGUUCUUCUUUCUAAAGCGUACACUCGCCUCAGCCUGUUCUUCGGAGAAUGGAAGAUACAUCGCUCAUGCAUUCACAGGCAUGAAAAGGCAUCGUCUCCAAAACAAGUUCAAGGUGCUGAAACCGACGGCACCUAUAUGUUCAGCCAGGAUGUUAUGAUGCACGAGACAAGGAACAUUCAACAGGUGAUAAAAACCCAGUCGUCCCUCAGACGCACUUCCAUGCAGAUACGUAACAACAAAGAGGUCUUUGACCGCAUGAUUAUUAAGGAGAACUUCAAGCUCAAAACCACUCUGACAAAAUCUUGCUCAUGCCCAGACCUCGACCGUAUGCCACCCACAAAAGCCAGCUCCAAGUUUUUCAUUGGCAUCGGACAGGAGAUGGACCGCUUUAAAGUCCCUCUGCUGGUCAUCUUGCUGGUGGUAUUUGCAUAUAUGGUGGUCUGCAGUCAAAUUCUGAGAUGCUGGGAGAAGCAGAUGGGCCAUUUUGAUGCCUUUUAUUUUACCUUCAUCACCUUGACCACCAUUGGCUUUGGUGACAUUGUGCCCAAACACCCAAAUUACUUCAUGGUUACCUUUUUGUUUAUUAUCACAGGCAUGGCCAUUAUGAGUAUGGCCUUCAAACUCGGCCAAUUUCAAAUUGUUAGCUUUUACAGGCAGUGCAUAGAGUCUGUUAGCAUGGGCAAGGUAGGAAUACACAAAGACCUAGACAGUGACUGAAGGCAGAAAGAAGCAGCUGAUUUUUGUGGCUGUGCUAAUGGCACAUGAAAUUAUUACAGGAAAGCACAAGCAUUCUCAGCGCAAGAUGGUAAUGUGUUUUAAUAUCUAUAGGGUAUCACUGCCGGUUUGAUAUACAGUGUAUUGAAGGGAAAUUAACCACAGUCCUGCUGCAGUGUACAAGUAUAGGAGAAAGAGCCUCAAAAUGAAGCUUACACUCCUGUUAACUAUUUCAGCCAAAAGCAAGGAAAUGCAUGAGACAUUGUUUAUUUUUGUUUAGAUAUGUAGCUUGUAAGAAAUGCACUAGCAAUGCAAGUCACUUAUUAAAUCCAUUUAUUCUUGGCAUUUGUUCAUGUUCAUGCAAGAAGUUUGUUCUGUAUAACUGAGUAUUUAUAAUAUAUGUGAUAAUAUAACCAGUAUUGUUUUUAUUUUUUCAUUCAAUGCCAAGAGUGUAAUAUGAUUCAACUUUCUGAUCAAUGGAUUACUUUUCUCUUAGUGACAUUAAUGUUAUGUAAGUGUGUAUGUAAAAUUGAUUUAUUCACUAUACAAAAGCUUGUAUGUAAAUAUAUGAUUGAACACCUGUAAUAUCUUGGCUGUGAAACGUAAUAUUAUCUUUGAAACCAAGUGAAUAAAUGAAUCAUUCUGUGCCAUCUGA